CCCCAGCCUGUCUUCAGGGCCUUCCCUUUGCUUCUUCUUUCUGUCAGGGGAGUGUAAUCUCCUCGGUUCUGUCUCAUCUCAACAAAAAUUUGAAGCGACGGACGUUAAAGCCCUUGGCGUGUCACAGCUCUCAGACAGACUGUGUUAUAGCUCUCGGGUCUCAGACAGACUGU